AUGGCUACCAUACAGCAUCAAGACGUCCCGGGCAAUGGGUACAAUCGCAGUUAUCUCUGGAGGCCGCUGGCUGGGGAUGUGGCGGCCGCUGCAAUCUCGGCCACAUUAGUUACGCCAGCAAUUACCAUCAUUGACCGGGCAAUGGUUGAAAAGGUGGCAUUCAACAGACCCUUUGGCUAUGGCAUGAAGCUACACGGUGUGACAGCUCUAAAAAGCCCUGGCCGUUUUGUCUUUGGCCGCCCAUUCGGCUUAGUCUGGACUCUCUACGCGGCGACGUAUGCCGUCUCCAACGGCUCAGACACUCUGGCCCAUGAAUUCCACAAAGCCGCUGUCGGAACGAUUACCUUUGUGUCUACCAUGAUCGUCAACGUCCCGCUUGGAGUUUGGAAGGAUGUCAGCUAUGCACAGAUGUUUAGUGCUUCGAGCACGCCGCCGAAGAAGGCUGCACCCGUUGUCAAGCGUGGUGUCCCCAAAGCUGCGACUGGAGCGUUCCUCUUUCGAGAUGCCAUCACCAUCUUUGGCUCUUUCACCAUGGCACCUUGGCUAUCGGCUCUCAUCCCAGAUAGCAUGUCGUCGAACCCGCACUCGAAGGCCAUCAUCUCACAACUCACUGUGCCAAUUUUUUCACAGUUUGCUGCUACACCUGUGCAUCUUCUUGGAUUGGACCUUUACGCUCGACCUGGUGGUGUGCCCUUCGUGGAGAGAGCGGCUCAGAUCCGAAGGGAUCUUCUCUCAGCGACGAUUGUGCGAUCUCUUCGAAUCAUUCCGGCGUUUGGAUUUGGAUGCAUUGCAAAUAUGGAGAGUCGUUCGUGGUUUCACAAGCUUUUUGCCAAGUUAUAG